AUGGCAGCCCUGCGCUACGCAGGCCUAGACGACACGGACAGCGAGGACGAGCUGCCUCCGGGCUGGGAGGAAAGAACCACCAAGGACGGCUGGGUUUACUAUGCCAAGUAA